AUGGGUUUGUCGAUGGUCAAGUCCUCAGAGCCACUGGAACCGUCGAUGCUGAGCGACAUGCUCGUGUCCAUGCUUUUGGAGCUACCGGAGCUACCGGAGGCGGAGACAGAUGAACUCAUGGAGUCAUCUGAAAAGGAUUCACUGGAAGCUGACGUGGAAUCGCUAGCGCUCUGCUCCGAGCCGGUCAAUCCGUCGAAAGAAUCCAGCAACGAGCUCGGCAUUUCAGGAGCAACACCCAUUGAGCCUGAUGCCGACAUAUUCAUUGGGAGCAGAAUGCUUGUCGAGUUUUCGUCUGCAGACGCGGCGACAAACGCGACAGCCAGCACCAAAGGGUUCAGGAAUUUCAUGAGUUGGAUGUAG